UGCCCUCUGCUGGGCUCCAACGGGAUUAGCUCAAAUCCAGCAUCAUCACAGUGACUAAGAUAACAUAUUUUAACCGUCAAUUUAACACAGAGAUGAGGCAGGAUUAUAACAUGCGUGGAGAAUUGUACUGUUUGAGCCACCUUGGUUUAAGCCCUGAGUGGAGCAAGCAGGAAUUUGAAAUUGCUAGAGAGGUUAAUUCAGGCUACGGUGUGAUCCUUUCCAAAUGAGGGCAGCCCCCCCCCCUCCCUCCUCAGCAUCCUCCCUUGAACUGCUUCGACGCAUUAAGGCUAAACUGGGGCUAAACUCAAUUCCCAACCCCGACCACCUGGCUGACGGCCUCGUAUGGUAUAAGAAAAAUGCCAAGUGUCACAGUGAAGGAUGUCAAUCAGCAGGAGUUUGUCAGGGCUCUGUCAGCUUUCCUCAAAAAGUCUGGCAAACUGAAAGUCCCAGAAUGGGUUGACACCGUGAAGCUUGCCAGGCAUAAGGAGCUCGCGCCCUGUGACGACAACUGGUUUUACACCAGAGCAGGACUCUUGCUGGUCUCUGGACUCCACAGUCACUUGUGUAAUAUUGGUCAAUCUUAUCCAUCCACAGCUCGUCACUUGUACCUGCGAGGAGGGGUGGGCGUGGGAUCCAUGAUCAAGGUCUACGGUGGGCGUCAGAGGAACGGCGUAUGCCCCGCCCACUUCAGCGUGGGUUCCAGGAAUGUGGCGAGGAAAAUCCUCCAGGCUCUGGAGGGCCUCAAGAUGGUGGAGAAGGACCCCAAUGGUGGACGGAGACUUACCCCUCAGGGCCAGAGAGAUCUGGAUAGGAUUGCUGGUCAGGUUGCCUCAGCAAACAAGAAACAGCGAAGUUUACAAAGCGCCGUCUGAGGAAUGCAUGCAAAGAAUCCAGACGACUGCGAUGCAGAAAUGCCUUACUGCUUAUUUACUCAAGUUAGCUUGUCUCCCAUAUCACUCGAGUGCCCACAGUAAGCAAGGUCACAAGGCAGUUCAUGGGGAUACACAUGUUUGUAGCACAGGACUAUUUAAAUAUUAUAAAUGAAUAUUUUGCAGCAGUUCCUUCAAGUCUAUUUGAUGUUUUCAUUGUGAAAGUGAAGACAGCAGUGGCCUUGGCACAGCAAACACAGCAUUGACACAGAGAGUACAGUAUUACCAAGCUAGAGCAUGUUAAUAUUGCUUUCCUAACAAUUGUGAAACUCAUCAUAGAAAAAACAAAUCAGUGCAAUGGAUGCUAAAGUAUGUUUUUAUUCAUUUAUCCAACUCUGUGUCUUAACAGAUGGUAGCAGAAUAUUAUGCCUGAACACUUUAUUUAUGAGAUGUAUAUGAAUAAAGUGAGGACGAGCACCGCGUUUGGCGUGGUAACGUCAGCAUG